GUUUGAAUUUCUUUCCCUAGUUUAAUACUUGAAAGGUUUUAAAAUGAAUAACAUACAUAAAAAACACCUCAAAAAAAUAGAAAAACUACAAAAGUUUCGCAAAACAAAGAGUAAAAAGAAAAAUGAUUUGAAUGGAAAAGAAAAUAAUUCAAAGGAAGAAAGCAAUAUUAACAGAAAGGAAAGUGGUUCAGAGAAAAUUGUAAACGAGGAAAGUGUAAAUGAAAAACUAAAUGAUACAGAUAACACCAAAGUUAUAAAAGAUAAAAAAAGAAAAAUGAAUGAUGAAGAUAACAAUGAUGUUAAGAAAAUCAAAAGUUGUUCAGAGAACAAGGAUUUUGUAGAUGAGAGUGUAGCUGAUGCUCAAACUCCUAAUGAAGAUAAUCUAAUAGAAAGCCUUCCCAAUCAAGAAGCAUCUCUUCCACCCAGUAAAGAGUUUAAAUCAUUAGAAGGAUUAGUGUGCGAAAAAACACUAAAAGGAGUUUUUGAUAUGGGUUUUACUCAAAUGACUGAAAUCCAAUACAAAACUGUAAUGCCUUUACUUAAUGGAAGGGAUCUUUUGGGUGCUGCAAAAACAGGUAGUGGUAAAACACUUGCUUUUCUAAUACCAACAAUUGAGCUACUUUACAAGUUGAACUUUAUGCCAAGGAAUGGAACUGGUGCCAUCAUUAUUUCACCAACAAGAGAAUUGUCAUUGCAAACAUUUGGUGUAUUAAGAGAUUUGCUACAACACCAUCAGCAAACAUUUGGUAUUGUAAUGGGUGGUGCAAAUCGAAAGCAAGAAGCAGAAAGACUGCAAAGAGGUGUUAAUAUUUUAGUAGCAACUCCAGGGCGCUUGUUAGAUCAUUUGCAGAAUACUCCUGGUUUUGUAUUCAAGAAUUUACAAUGUCUUAUCAUAGACGAAGCUGACAGGAUACUAGAAAUUGGUUUUGAAGAAGAAAUGAAACAAAUUAUAAAAAUAUUACCAAAAAAAAGACAAACACUUUUAUUUUCUGCUACUCAAACACGUAAAGUGGAAGAUCUAGCUCGUGUUUCAUUAAAAAAGGCGCCAUUAUAUGUUGGAGUUGAUGAUGACAAAGAAGUUUCUACUGUCGAAGGCUUAGAGCAAGGAUAUAUUGUUGUUCCAUCAGAAAAACGCUUUCUGUUGCUAUUUACAUUCCUCAAGAAAAAUAUGAAGAAAAAAGUGAUGGUCUUUUUUUCAUCUUGCCAUUCUGUAAAGUUUCAUUCAGAAUUGCUUAAUUAUAUUGAUAUACCUGUUAUGGAUAUACAUGGUAAACAAAAGCAGCAAAAGAGAACAAGUACAUUUUUUGAGUUUUGUACUGCAGAAAGUGGCAUUUUAUUAUGUACAGAUGUUGCAGCUCGUGGUCUUGACAUUCCAGAAGUUGAUUGGAUUGUUCAAUAUGAUCCACCAGAUGAUCCAAAGGAGUAUAUACACAGGGUUGGUCGAACAGCUCGUGGAUCUCAAGGUCGUGGUCAUGCUUUGUUAUUUUUACUUCCAGAGGAACUAGGAUUUUUACGUUAUCUAAAACAUGCAAAGGUUCCAUUAAAUGAAUACGAUUUUUCAAAGGCCAAAAUAUCUAACAUACAAUCACAGUUGGAAAAACUUAUAUCAAAGAAUUACUUUUUAAAUAAAUCUGCAAAAGAUGGGUAUCGUUCUUAUUUACAAGCCUAUGCUUCUCAUCAGCACCGUAAUAUUUUUAACGUGAAUACCAUUGACUUGCAAAAAGUAGGACUUUCAUUUGGUUUUACUGUUCCACCAAAUGUAAACUUGAGUGUCCAUGCAAGUAACAGUAAUAAGCUACAAAAGAGGAACGGUGCUACCGUAUACGGUACUGGCAGUCACGGAUUCAAACCCUCAAAAAGUGUAAAACGUUUUAAACCUUUAAAUAAAUUAAAUGAUCGUAGGUGACGAUUUUAAA